UAUAGACAAUGACAAGUAUUGAUUACAGUACAACAAAUUAUACUAUUUAUUUAAUAACAUUCCAUUACUGCAUAGUGAUAUAACAGCAAACAAUUAAAGCAAAAUAUAUUCUUAUACAGAUUAUAUUAUUCAAUUAGUUUAUACCAUAACACAAAUAGAGUGAUCAGUUUCUACUUGCACCCUGGGAACUCUUCUGCAAGGCAGGGCACUAAGCUAAUUACUGUUAUCAACUUGGUGACAUCACCACCUGUUUCCUCAACACACAACUUUAAGUGCAUUCAUGACCUUAUUAGUUAGAUUAUAUCAGAGUCAUCAUAACCUGCCCUGUAUCUAAUCAUCUGCUAAGUUCGAGUAACCUAUUAAUGUUCUCAAACCAUUCUUUACAUUACAUUAACGAGUUCUUGCUAAACCUGUCCUAUUUACCACUAAAUGUACUAAUAACAGGAUUUUCUCCUUCGCUGUGCAAAACUUGCACUCCCAGUUGCUUCUGUUCUACACACUCUUGCAUACUUACACAACUUAUUUAAACAUACGUGGACUCUUUCUUUAGCAAAGUACAGUCUAGUUGUUCAUACAUAGUUUUCUACAUUUCCCAAUAUUUUCCUACAACAUAAAAGACAUGGGUCGAGACUUUUUUUACUUCUUUUUUUACAAUAUAUACUUAAUAGUAUUUCCUUGCACUUAUUUAGCAACACAUGGAAGGAAAAUUUCAUUUUCUCAUUUUCUCUGUCUGUUUUGAAGAAUUGUGGACGCCCUGCAAGUUAAGCUUCAGAAUAAUUAGAUAAAUUACCGAUAGAAAAAACCUCUGCUGUACAAAAUAUGUCGAGCAAAGUUUAUAAAGAAAGAAAUUCAGUUAUUGUACAAAGUCUUAUGUUAAGUAUUUUUCCUUACACACCUAGUCUUCAGUUACAGUAUAAAAUUGAUAUUAAAAAGGUCUAUAUUUUUGCUGUUCUAUGCAUUAAGGUACAUCCAACACUAUAAAUGUAGGCACACACGUUUCCUCCCCUUUAAAGACUUCUUGUCACUCAGGUCACACACAACUAAAUAAACCACCUAUAAUAAGAAGGUUAUAAAAGUCAUAAUCUCCACUGCUGAACGUACUGUAGACAAUCAGUGGUGUUAAAUGUGCUGUUUUAUUUUGCCACAGAAUUAAUUUUGUCUUGUUUACAAAGUUUGUUGCAAGCUGCAGCAGAACUCAAUAGAGAAUACAGUGGGGCUCGGGCACAGAAAUAUCGCGAGUGCACGUCCAGCGAUCUUUUAAAAACUGCAUCUGUACAAGCAUGGAAUAAUGUGGGGAUACAGAAUUCUAUGGGGUAAUGUUACAGAAACACCUGUCAGAACAAUCUGAUUUUGAGAUACAUGCCUCGGUUCUAAUGUUAGUGAGUGAAGUUUUUCCAGUCAAAUCUGCAUAUGUAAAAAAAAAACUAAAAAAAAAACAUAAUCGUUUUGGGUUCUUCCUUGAGUUAGAGCCCUAGGCACAUGACUAGUUUGCCUAAGCGUGAAUCCGACCCUGAGCUCAUGUGUGUCUUAUUAAACUUGUAAUAAAAACAAGAAUGGAUCAAACCACUUGGCUAUGUAAUGGGAGUCAUAUUUUCCAUCCCUGUAUAUAGAUAGUUGAGAGAUUAAUUGAUUAAAAUAACUCAGAAAGGUAUUUUUAGGACAUUAGGACCUUCUCUUGAUCAAACGUCAGGGGCUGAGUCAUUCAUUAUUGAUUCUGCAACUGUCACCGUGGAAGUUGUGAGCUGGGUUGGAUCCCCUCAUUUCAAAAAGCAGGUAAGUGAUCAUUAUUUCUUAAUGAAUUACAUUUGUUCCCUAUUAUUUUCCCCAACACCAAGCUCAUCUGAACUUUCGUUAAAGCACUGGUUUUCAAAUCUGGUCAAAGAUAUAUAUUACUGUACAAAGAUUUUAGAGAAAUUACUUUAGCUAAAAACUAUAUAAGAGGCUCUCUGUAUUAUGUGCACUGAAAAAAAAAAAGCUUAGGAGUAUGCGAGAAAACAUUGGGAACAUUCAGAAUCUGACUGCAAUGAUCUUAUUGCAAGUAUUGGGAAAUAUGUGCACUCAAUUCCUAAGUGUGUACAUUUGUACUGUUGGAGGGGUACAGAAAAGCACAAGGACAGCCUACCCACAUUUCACUGCACCAAUGAUUUUGUCUUGUUCCUGUACUGUAUUCAGAUUAGGCUAUCCAUGAUGUGUAAUUUUGCAUAACAAUAAUAAGAAAAAAACGUCCUUAUUGGAGUAAAUUAAAUCAACUAGCACAGCCCAAAGGAAUUCAGUCCCAUGCACUUGUGCCCGGAACGAGCAUUGGUUUAAGGUAGACUACAAUUUAGCUAUAUAUAUAUAGUGUGAUUCAGCAAAAUAUUUUGUAAUUUGUAUGCACAGUAUUGGAUUGAUUCAUUAUAAUAACAAAAUUUCAUAGAAUGGCACUGUCUUGUACAAAGUGGAUCACUAAUGCAUUUUUUAAGAAGUCUUGUUUAUUCAUGUUAGUCUUUUUAUUCAUGGUCCUGCAGCUGCAAUUUUGGAGGCAGCCCUGCAAGCCCACUGACAUUGCAGAGAGAUCAGUUCAUCUGCUCAGUGGAAAGAAUCAGGAUUUCCUCAGUAACUGCUCCAGAAUCAUCAAAGGGGACGUGGAAGCCAUUGAGCAUGCACUCUUGAGCCAAUUACUUAUUGCAAAUAAGAAAAAGCCUUUAACUGAGAAUGACUAUUUGGACAUGACUGUGGAUUGUUCUGCCUUUGUAAAAAACAGAAGAUUCCUUACCUUCCCACUCAGCCAGGAGGAAACAGACUUCCCAAUCGCCUACUCCAUUGUGGUGCAUGAGAAAAUCGAGAUGUUUGAAAGGCUUCUGAGGGCCAUUUACAAUCCCCAGAAUGUAUACUGUGUCCAUGUAUACCAGAAGUCUCCAGAGAACUUCACCAAGGCUGUGAGAGCCAUCGUGUCCUGCUUGCCGAAUGUCUUUGUUGCCAGUAAGCUGGAGAAAGUGGUCUAUGCUUCUUGGUCACGGGUGCAGGCUGAUCUGAACUGUAUGAAGGAUCUUCUUGCAACAGCUGUCCAAUGGAGGUAUCUUCUGAACACCUGCGGGACUGACUUUCCUAUCAAGACCAAUGCUGAGAUAGUCCGAUCCCUCAAAUUGCUGAACGGCAAGAAUAACUUAGAGUCUGAAACUACCCCAGAGUAUAAGAAAAAACGUUGGAGAUACCACUACGAGGUCACGGAUUCCGUAAGCAGGACUGAUACAAAGAAGAGCCCACCUCCUAUUAGCACCCCAAUGUUCUCAGGCAGUGCUUACUUUGUUGUCACCAGGGAGUUUGUGGAGUACCUGCUUGAAAACCCUGAAGCACAGAAGUUUUUUGAAUGGGAAAAGGAUACCUACAGCCCUGAUGAGCACGUCUGGGCCACUCUCCAAAGAAUGCCUGGGGUACCGGGCUCCAACCCACCAAAUGAACAAUUCCAUGUCUCAGAUAUGAUCUCCAUUGCCCGGCUAGUGAAAUGGUCAUUCUUGGAAGGAGAUGUCAGUAAAGGGGCUUCCUAUCCACGCUGCACUGGGAUUUAUCAAAGAUUAGUUUGCAUCUACGGCUCUGGGGAUCUUCAGUGGAUACUCGGACAUCAUCAUCUCUUUGCCAAUAAAUUUGACACUCAAGUGGAUGACAUUGCAAUCCAAUGUCUUGAAGAGCAUCUCAGGCGCAAGGCUGUUUAUGGAGAAGGUUUAUAGACACUGUGAUUAGCCUGAACUGGGACUUGAGAAUUAUAUAAACGGGGAGAGGUUUAUUAUUAAAGUGGUAAUGGAAAUGUAUAAGUUUUCAUAUUAAUAAUUAUGUUUCCUUUAAAAUUACACUAAAUCUAGUAAGAGAUAAUGGUAUGUAUGGCUUUAUAUUUCUGAGCAUUUAUUGUUUUAAAUGCUGUUCUUGUUUGUUCAAUAAUACAGUUUAGUUUGUACUGGAA